ACCCUUUCAAGACCAUAGUAUUUUGUUUCUCAUAGUUACAAAACAUUAUGGCCAGAAUAACUGAGGAGCUUAUUAGAAGAAGAUCAGAACACAAUAAUCUUGAAAUAACGACACUAGAAGAAAUAUCCCUACACCAGCAAGAUAUAGAGAAGAUUGAGCAUUUGGACAAAUGGUGCCGGAACCUUAAGAUACUCUACCUUCAGAGUAACCUCAUCCCUAAAAUAGAAAAUGUCGGGAGGCUUAAAUAUUUGGAAUAUCUUAACUUAGCUCUUAAUAAUAUCACAAAGGUCGAAAACCUCUCAGGUUGUGAGUCUUUGCAGAAAUUAGAUUUUACCGUUAAUUUUAUCGGAGAUCUCUUGAGUGUGGAGUCUUUAAAAGUUAACGAACAUCUAAAGGAAAUGUAAGUGCAUUUGUAAUCUUGUUAGUCUUGUUUGUCAUUCUCCUCCU